AUGGGCACGUUCGUCCUGGCUGUGACGAUUGUGAUGGUGAUCCUUGCGAUCGCCGCCGAGCCCGCUAUCCUUCCGUUUCUCCUCAAAGACCCUUUGAUUUACGCGUGGAUCCUCUGGUGGGUUGUCAUAUUCUUUGCCCUACGUACCAUCUGGACGUUGAAACCCAGUUACAUGCAGGCCUUUAUGAUCGUUUUUUUCGUCGCUGAAAUCAUCAGCCUGGCCGAUACCUGGCUUUUCUGGGAUCAUGACCACAAGCCGGAGACAAAGGUCCGAGACACUCUGGGACUGAUUUGGGGCAGCUUCAUCAAUUAUCAGUAUUAUCGAUAUGUGAGGGAUCGUCAACUGGAAAUCGAGGAAAGGCAGCUGCUUCCCGAACACGCCGUGACGUACCGCGUU